UUGAGCACACAAGUCUGCAAAUGUAUGCUGUACCAAUAAAACAAAACAACCUAAUCCAAGAAAUCCCGUACGUAAUUAACGAAUUUAUAGCUUUCUGAUCACAUUUUUUCUUUUUAAAUCUGAGUUCAUUGUAAUAUAAGAGUCAGUUGUUGAAAAACGAAUACCUGAAAGUGUCCAACUAAAUACAGAUGAAUAACUAAAACACUUUCUCAGAAAUGAGCGGUGUGAAAAGAUCAAGCUCAGAUACUAUUACAAGACAAAAUAGGAAUUCAGAAAUGGCUUCUGACUUCAACGCAAUGACAAUAGGCCAACGCAGAUGGUGGAAAAUUCCACGUCGAUAUCAUGUUGCUAUAAUGUGCUACUUGGCAUUUUUCAUCAAGGGUUGGAUGGUCACGAAUCUAUGGACAAUGUUUGUGCAUAUAUUAUUGGCGGCAGAAGAAGUGAGAAAGAGGGACUUUCCAAAGAGUGAAAACUGGACAGUGGAGGACCUAGAAACACACCUCGAUUUGAACUAUUGGGGAGGAGCUGUAAUACAGCUUCCAGCAGCUCUUAUCACUAUUUGCUUUUCACCCCACAAGAUCAUGCUACUAUCUGUUUUACUAGCAUCUUUGCUUCACAUGCUCACGCCUUUUAUUAUACAUGGACCAGCAGUAGGAACAUAUUUCUUCCUUUUCACUCAAGGCAUGAUUGCAGGUCCUCUUGCAUGCGCGUGUGUCAGCAUUUGGAAGGAAUGGGGUCCAGCUAGAGAAAGGACGAGUCUACUUGUACUUGCUUUUAGUGGUCAAAUAAUCAACGUAUAUGUAACAUUUUCUCUCAGCAUGUUUCUUGCAGAAGCAGUUGGGCCUUUUUCGAUAUAUUACUUUGCAGGAAUGGCUGGAGUGUUGUGGUGUUUUCUUUGGAAUACCUUGAUUUACGAGUCUCCUACAAGUGAUCCGCUAAUCACCAUAGAGGAACAGUGUUAUCUGGAAGAAAAUAUUACUCCAGAUAUGAAGGAAAAAAUAAAUUUGAAAUCGAUUCCUUGGAAAUCUAUAUUUCUAUCCAUGCCUGUAAUCUCUCUUUGUCUCGUAUUUUUCACUGUAUCAUUUUUAAAGAAGGUCAUGAUGUUUACAGGCAUAUUGAUAAAUGUGCAACUGAUAAACAAGGACUAUGAUCCAUCCUUUUCUCAUUGGGUGUUGACUUUUAACUUCGUACUGCUAGUACCUGCAAGUGGAUUUUUAGUUGAUUAUCUGAUAAACAGAGAGAUUUUUCAAAGAUUAACAAUGAGGAAGUUUUUUUGCACCGGUGGAUUUAUAAUGCAUGCCCUUUUCUUGGGUUUCAGCUACAUUCCCAGUGACUUAUCACCUAUUAUUUGUUACAUUAUUUCUUUCAUUUUCCUCUCCAUGUCAUUAACAGGUUACCUACCAACUGUGCUGGAAAUAUCUCCUCGCUAUGCAAGCAUCACCAUAGCUCUCUGUACAAGUGUGAGUAGACUUUCAGCAAUAGUAUUCGAUUCGAUUCUGGAGAAAAUGAAAGGAGAGGGAAGUGGAUAUUCAAUUGAGCACGGUGAUUGGAAAAUUGUUUUAAUACCCUGUGGAAUACUUGGUCUCAUCACAGCCAUCAUAUUUGGGAUAUUUGCUUCGAGUGACGAACAACCUUGGUCUCUUAUGCUGUUGCCAUCCCGUCGAAAAACAAACGAUUCCGAAUAUUAUCCCAAGAAUGAAGUGGAAAACGAUUCUUUGGUUUCUGAAAAUCUUUGAUCCAUGCUACUUAAAACUGAAAAUAGAACAUUUCCACAGUAUAAAACAUUUGGAUGUUAAGUAGUCAGUAACCUUCCUCUGACAUAGAUGAACCUCAACCUCCAAUUCGUUUUACAGAAACAGACAGUGUCAUAAAUAAUAAAGGUCUUUAGACUACACACAAUAGGGGGGUACUCCUGGUGGUGCUUCAAAUGUCUACAGAUAAAUAAAACAUCUUGUAUAAAACUGUAUAUAUGCUCAAAAUAACUAAUACAUUUUAUUUAAAAGCUGCACUUCCACAGCAGUGUGUUCUUAGGAUUCAAACAAGUCAACCCAAUAAUUAAAAAUUUUCUACUUUUGAAAAAUAA